UGUGUGUGAAGUGAGGGGGUGGAGGAAGCUAGAUACCAUUGGUCAGUCAUUGACAACGAGGGCUAAACUCCUCCCUGAUGAAUAGGAAACAUUCCAGAACAUAUUAACCAUCAAUCCCACCAUGGCCAUUUAACCUGAGUUACAGCUCCAGAGCCCAUGCCUGAGAUUGUCUUCAACAAGCUUCAUUGGCCAGUGGACCGUCAGUCACAUCGCUACUUUUCCGUGACCUCUGCAUUACUCACCAACUUCAGUAGUAAGCGCUAGUGUACUGUACACGAUGAGUGACAUGGUGACAGAGAUUUUGGCCUUUAUUCUGACCACAUCUGGCUGGGUCCUGAUCUCCUCCACCAUACCCACGGAUUACUGGAAGGUGUCCUCUCUCGACGGCACAGUCAUCACCACAGCUACCUACUGGUCCAACCUGUGGAAGGCAUGUGUCACUGAUUCAACAGGAGUCUCCAACUGCAAGGACUUUCCAUCCAUGCUGGCACUGGACGGUUAUAUUCAGGCCUGCAGGGGUCUGAUGAUCGCUGCUGUCUGCCUGGGCUUCUUUGGUGCCGUCUUUGCCCUGGUCGGAAUGAAGUGCACCAAGAUUGGGGGAUCAGACCAAAGCAAAGCCAGAACGGCUUGCUUCGCCGGGGUCAAUUUCAUACUCAGCGGUCUCUGCUCGUUGUCCGCAUGCUCCCUGUAUGCACACAGAAUAACAUCUGAGUUUUUUGACCCCAUGUUUGUUGCUCAGAAGUAUGAACUGGGAGUUGCCUUGUUCAUUGGUUGGGCAGGAUCUAUCCUGUGUGUUCUGGGAGGGGGGAUAUUCUGCUUCUCCGUAGUAGAUAGUUCCACUAGAAGCUCCAGUCGCACAGGCUAUGCCUACGGAGGACCUGCCUCCACCUCCCAUGUCUCUUCCCACCCUAGAGGGCAUGCACAGCCCAUGAGCCAGCGGCCUCCACCCAAAUACAGCAGCUCCUCCAGAGCACAGCACUUUGAUAAGAAUGCCUAUGUGUAAGGGAUGAUAGGGAAAAUGCAGAUCUUGAACAGAGGAAGACUCAUCGCCACUCCAGUUAAAAGGGGAGAAAGAAUAUGCUACGUGACUGGCUGGCCCAUUGUGUCACAAAUCACGAUUGCCCAGAGAGAAAUCACUGGUGAUUGAAUCCUGCUGUCCACCUAUUUAUAAAGGAAUUCAUUUCCAUUCAGAGUUGAAUGGUAAUCAUAGCCUUUUGUUAGUUCACAAGAGAUAGAGCUGAUAUUUUUCGUCUGACAUUCUCGUGACAGAAGUUAAAGGAGCAAUCUGCAGUUGCUCCAUCCAUUUUUUGACUUAUAAAUGAAUGGUACGUCUUGAAGAAAAUAACUUCUGAGUGCCUCAUGUGCUUCGCUCAGCUGUCGUUAACCCCAUCAGAACCCAGCCUCGAAACAUGGUAAAAAAAACUAUAAUGUUGUUAUCAUUAAAGAUCAGUCAUCCAUAUCUCUGUCUAUGAAUUUGGGAGUGGUUACAUUUCUCCAGCCCUUAGAUUUUUUUUAUGCAAGAAAUUUAAUAUAUUAUUAAUUUGAAAAAUACAAUAUGUGAGAGCAUUAAAAUAGAGCAUCAACAUGAAGCCCUUUGUACACACUUGAAUAGAUUUUGUUUUUUGACAUUAAAGUGUAUAUGAGUUGCUAUUUCUCUUGAACGUCUCUUUAAUUUUAAGACACUCAUUAAAAUGCUGUUAAUCAAUAAUGACAAAACAUUCAAACGAUUUCUGGACACGUCAUGUUUUUGACCUACCAUAACCUUUAACUACAGUACAGUAUGUGCAGUACAGUAUGUACAGUACAAGUAUGUGUAAAACUGCUAUCAAUUUACAGUAACUCAUAUAUUUUGGUAACACAUUAUUUACAGUCCUAUGACAGUCUUAAAAUAAAUAAUUUAAAAAAUCAACGGGUGCCUUUUUCAGAGAAUCAUUUCGUUUUUUAUUUAGCCUAUAACAAAAUCAUGUGUUUUUUUUGCUUGUUUGAAUGAAUCCUCUCCCCGUAAAAAUAAAAGGUAACAAUAAUAA